UCCUGUGCGGAUGAGAGGCAGGAGGCGGCGGCAACGGCAGCAUCAGCAGCAGCUCUUUUUUUGCGGCGUGCUGCCUGGGACCGGCCACCUCGCAAGGCGCUCCCUCCCAGGGGCUUAGCGCCGCCAUCUCUCCCGCACUGGCACCUGCAGGAACUGGUGCAGGCACUGGCCCAAGGACUGGCACGAGGACACUGAGGCAUACGGGCACAGCGUCACCAUGGCGCAAGCCGCCAAGCAGAUCCGCAAGAACAAGGACCUAGCCGAGGCCGCGGCCCAGGAGCAGAGGGAGAAAGAGGAGGAGAAGAUCAAGAAGAGGAACCGCUCGAAGGACCGCAGGCGCAAGGCGGAUGCAGCGACCAGUUUUCUGCGUGCAGCACGCUCAGGUAAUCUGGACAAGGCUCUGGAUCACAUCAAAAAUGGGAUAGACAUCAAUACAGCCAAUCAGAAUGGACUUAAUGGGUUGCACUUGGCUUCGAAAGAAGGUCAUGUUAAGAUGGUGCUGGAGCUGUUGCACAAUGGGAUUGACCUAGAGAGCACAACGAAGAAAGGGAAUACUGCACUACAUAUUGCUGCACUGGCUGGACAAGAGAAGGUUGUUGCCGAGCUAGUACACUACGGUGCCAAUGUCAAUGCCCAGUCUCAGAAAGGUUUCAGUCCCUUAUACAUGGCAGCACAGGAGAACCACUUGGAGGUAGUGAAGUUCCUGUUGGAGAACGGAGCCAAUCAGAGCCUCCCUACUGAGGAUGGCUUCACACCACUGGCCGUGGCUCUGCAGCAAGGUCACGAGAACGUGGUGGCUCUUCUCAUUAACUAUGGCACCAAGGGAAAAGUGCGCCUGCCUGCUCUCCACAUCGCCGCCCGCAAUGACGACACGCGCACUGCAGCUGUGCUGCUACAGAAUGACCCCAACCCCGACGUUCUUAGCAAGACUGGCUUUACCCCACUCCACAUCGCAGCACAUUAUGAGAAUCUGAGUGUUGCACAGCUGUUGUUAAACAGGGGAGCUAAUGUGAACUUCACGCCAAAGAAUGGCAUCACUCCAUUGCAUAUAGCUGCCCGAAGGGGAAACGUGAUUAUGGUUCGACUACUCUUGGACAGAGGAGCACAGAUAGAUGCCAGGACAAAGGAUGAGCUGACCCCACUGCACUGUGCUGCCAGGAACGGCCAUGUACGGGUCAUCGAGAUCCUCCUGGACCAGGGAGCACCCAUCCAGGCCAAAACUAAGAAUGGCUUGUCUCCCAUCCACAUGGCGGCACAAGGUGAUCACAUGGACUGUGUCCGCCAGCUUCUGCAGUACAAUGCUGAGAUUGACGACAUCACUCUGGACCACCUGACGCCGCUGCACGUAGCAGCACACUGUGGUCACCACCGCAUGGCCAAGGUGCUGCUGGACAAGGGGGCCAAGGCCAAUGCUCGUGCCCUGAAUGGCUUCACACCCCUGCACAUUGCCUGCAAAAAGAACCACAUGCGCUCCAUGGACCUACUGCUCAAGCACUCAGCGUCUCUAGAGGCAGUGACUGAGUCUGGUCUAACUCCACUCCAUGUGGCUGCAUUUAUGGGGCACCUCAACAUAGUGAAGUGUCUCCUGCAGAGAGGAGCCUCUCCAAAUGCGUCUAAUGUGAAGGUGGAGACUCCGUUGCACAUGGCUGCUCGGGCAGGGCACUGUGAGGUGGCUCAGUUCCUGCUGCAAAACUCAGCCCAGGUGGACGCUAAGGCUAAGGAUGAUCAGACGCCACUGCACUGUGCAGCUCGGAUGGGACAUAAAGAGCUGGUCAAGCUGCUGUUAGAACAUAAGGCCAAUCCUGAUUCAGCUACUACAGCUGGCCACACCCCUCUGCACAUCGCUGCCCGCGAGGGACACGCCCACACAACACGCAUUCUCUUAGACGGCAAUGCUCAGCAAAUCAAAAUGACUAAGAAAGGCUUCACUCCUCUCCAUGUGGCUUGUAAAUAUGGGAAAGUGGAUGUGGCAGAGCUGCUUCUGGACAGAGGAGCAAACCCAAAUGCAGCAGGAAAGAAUGGACUAACUCCUCUACAUGUAGCUGUCCAUCACAACAACCUGGAUGUGGUCAAGCUGCUGGUCAGCAAGGGCGGAUCUCCACACAGCACGGCUAGAAAUGGUUACACGCCGCUGCACAUCGCUGCUAAGCAGAACCAGCUGGAGGUGGCCAGCAGUCUGCUACAGUCCGGAGCCAAUGCCAAUGCAGAGUCCCUGCAAGGCAUCACGCCACUCCACCUGGCUGCUCAAGAGGGACGACCCGACAUGGUGGCCCUGCUCAUCUCCAAACAGGCCAACGUCAACCUCGGCAACAAGAGCGGUCUGACGCCACUGCACCUGGUGGCUCAGGAGGGGCAUGUGGGCAUUGCAGACAUGCUGGUGAAGCAGGGUGCCUCAGUCUAUGCAGCCUCAAGGAUGGGAUACACACCCUUACAUGUAGCAUGUCACUAUGGCAACAUAAAGAUGGUGAAGUUCCUUCUACAGCAGCAGGCACACGUUAACAGCAAGACCAGAGUGGGAUAUACACCACUCCAUCAGGCAGCCCAGCAAGGCCAUACAGACAUUGUCACUCUCCUCCUGAAACAUGGAGCCCUGCCCAAUGAGAUCACAGCUAACGGAACAUCGCCUCUGGGCAUCGCUAAGCGGCUGGGCUACAUCUCUGUUAUUGAUGUACUCAAGCUGGUGACUGAGGAAUCUGUGUCUGUAAUCACCACUGAUAAGCAUCGCAUGAGUUUCCCAGAGACGGUGGAUGAGAUCUUGGAUGUCUCAGAGGAUGAGGGAGCUGCACAGCUAACAUUAGGUGAUGAGCUGUUGGGAAUGGAUGGCGCUCGCUACUUGAAGCUGGAUGACUUGAAGGAUCAAGAUGAUGACUUCCUUUCACCAAAGAAAUCUCUACGGGAGUUUGAGAGUGGGAUGGGCACAACACCCUACUCACCUGCUAUUCCCAGAAUUCCAUGUGUAUCUCCAGAAACUGUCAUGCUUGACCAGCACACCCCUAUCCCUUUGCCUAAGGAGUAUGAUGAGGACUCUCUUAUCCCCAGUAGUCCUGCCACAGAAACCUCAGACAACGUUAGCCCAGUGGCCAGCCCUAUCCACACUGGGUUUCUGGUGAGUUUUAUGGUAGAUGCAAGAGGCGGGUCUAUGCGUGGCAGCAGACACAAUGGCCUCCGGGUGAUCAUACCCCCUAGGACCUGUGCUGCCCCUACACGCAUCACCUGUCGUCUGGUCAAGCCACAAAAACUAACGACCCCUCCCCCCCUGGUGGAGGGAGAAGGCCUUGCCUCCCGCAUCAUCUCCCUGGGACCCUCCAGCAUGCAGUUCCUGGGGCCAGUGAUUGUGGAGAUCCCUCACUUUGCUUCACUGGGAAGGGGCGAUCGAGAACUGGUGGUGCUGCGCAGUGAGAAUGGUUCAGUCUGGAAAGAGCACCGUUGCCGCUAUGGUGAUGACGUCCUGGAGACUGUACUGAAUGGUAUGGAUGAAGAUCUGGAGAGUCAGGAGGAGCUAGAGAAGAAGAGAAUCCGCCGAAUCAUCUCCACCGACUUUCCCCUUUAUUUUGCGGUGGUGUCGCGUGUCCAGCAAGAGAGUGAUUUGAUUGGUCCAGAGGGUGGUCAGCUGAUCAGUAAGCUGGUACCCCAGGUUCAGGCCAUCUUCCCUGAGACAGCAGUCACCAAACGAGUGCGACUGGGCCUGCAGGCUCAGCCCAUCCCAGACGAGUUGCUGACUCGGCACUUAGGGAACCAGGCCACGUUCAGCCCUGUGGUGACGGUGGAGCCGCGCAGACGCAAGUUCCAUCGGCCCAUCGGCCUGCGCAUCCCCCUGCCCCCCUCCUGGAGGGAAAGUCCACGCGAUGCUGGUGAAGGGGACACCACCAGUCUGCGCCUCCUCUGCAGCGUCAUUGGUGGUACGGCCCCAGCUCAGUGGGAGGACAUCACUGGCACCACCAAACUCAUGUACUCCAACAAUUGUGCCAACUUCACCACCAAUGUGUCAGCAAGGUUCUGGCUGGCCGACUGUCCUCGGACAGCAGAGGCCGUGACCUUUGCCAAUCUGCUGUACCGUGAGCUGACGGCUGUGCCCUACAUGGCCAAGUUUGUGGUGUUUGCUAAAAUGAAUGAGGCGCGUGAGGGCCGCCUGCGCUGCUAUUGCAUGACCGAUGACAAAAUGGACAAAACCCUGGAGCUGCACGAGAACUUCACUGAGGUGGCACGUAGCCGAGACAUAGAGGUAAUGGAGGGGAUGCCGCUGCACUUGGAAUGCUCCGGAAACCUUGUGCCAGUCAGGAAGGCCACGCAGCAACCUCGCACAUUCAGCUUUCAGGCCUUCAGAGACAACAGACUGCCCGUCUCAGUGAAGGUGAGAGACAGCAACAAGGAAGCUACGGGGUUCCUGUCUUUCCUCCGAAAGUCCACCAAAUAUGAGGAUGCACAGCAUGUGCUGUGUAACCUCAACAUCACCAUGCCUCCUUGUGUUAAGGUGGCAGGUGGUGAAGAGCGCAGAAGGACUCUGACGCCACUGGCCCUGAGGGAGAGGUACAGCGCCCUGAGCGAGUCGGGCCUGGCUGCUGUGAAUGCCUUCGAAAGGAGAGAGCUGAAGAUCACACUGAUUGCUGAGCAGCUGGGUUUAAGCUGGACUGAACUGGCCAGAGAGCUGCAGUUUGGUGUUGAUGACAUUAACAGGAUACGAGUAGAGAAUCCCAACUCCCUCCUGGACCAGAGUACAGCUCUGCUCAACCUGUGGACCAGCCGAGAGGGCAAGAGAGCCCAGACAGUGGAGAACUUGUAUGGUGCGCUGAAGAACAUUGACCGGUUGGACAUUGUGAAGUCCCUGGAGGAUCCAGUGCCACAGGCAAUACCCGAGGCGGGAGAGGAGGGGGCCUGCAGGCUGGCCGAGCGUGACUCCACCCUGCUCUCUCCCAGUGUCGUUAAUGGUUAUGGGCUGGCGCAGGAGGAGCUGCUGUCUCCGGCCUCAGUGCAGUACAGCCUGCCCUCUCCGCUCGGCCCCGAGCCCUACUGGCAGGAAGUGUCGAGUCUGGAGUGCGCGCCAAUUGCCACCACCGAGGAGGACACCAUGAUGGAGAUGUCAGAUGUGCAGGUGUGGCCGGCAGGCAUCAGCCCGUCCCUGGUGACGGUGGAAGACUCAUCUGUAGAGGGCAGCAGUCGAGCAGACGACUCGGAGCCUAACACUCUCAGUCUGCCCUGUAGCAGCAGCCUGGGGCGGCCCAGCAGUGGAGCUAGUGGGGCCAGCGGCUCCAUCAUGGAGUUAGAGGAAGAGGAGGAGGAAGAGGAGGUAUAUGAAGAGGACAUGCCACAUGAACUGGACAAGGAGAGGGUCCAUGCCAGUGGUGCCAUCCCCAAAGCCAACCACAAUGGGCAAGUUGGAGGUCAGAGGUCGGAGAACAGGAGGGUGGAGGUGGCGGCAGGCAGCAGCAUGGCAGGAGGAGCUAGAGGAGGAGGAGGAAUAGGAGGUGGAGGGAUUGGAUUAGGCGCAAGCUCAGGGGAAAAGUUUUCUGUUCUUACAGGGCAACAGAUCUAUGCCCAGCUGCGUGAGAAAACUGGCCUGACACGAGCACUCGAGCACAACGGAGACAGGUUAAGUAGCGGUGCAUUUCAGCCCUUCCUCCAGGAGAAGGCCAUGGAGUGCGUGAUGGAGCAGAGCCAGGCCCGUGUGGCCCAAGAAGCCUUGCUUACUCCGGUACGCGACUCGGGCCAGUCAGAGCUCCUGCGUGGGAGAUUUAUGGGCACUCAACCCUUUGAGAAGGGGCUCGGCUUCUCCCAUCAGGAUGCACACAAGGCACAGAAAGACGAGCCAGUCGAUUUCCCCAGUGAGCGUCUGAAUGAGGAGCAGUUCACUGACGAACACGGAAAUGUGGUCACCAAGCUGGGUGUGGAUGUGAAGAGAGGAGUGCAGGCAGUGAAGCACGCCAGUCUGAGGAGUGUAAAGCACUGAAACUAACACACACUGUCCUAAAGGGCCGGACGUUCACUGCCAAACCAUCCUUCACCCAAAUACACUUGGGAGACAGAACGAGACAAGAGGUGCACGAAAGGCAAGAUGAUGGGAAGAAAAUGGGAGGCGGCGAAUGAAAAUGAACCACAACUCCACCAACACAUGAAAAAAAAAAAUAAAAAAAACAACAGAAAUGACCAAGCAGCACUUGAGAAAAGGGAGGAGAAAACUAAGGAGAUCUACCUGUACUUUUGUAACAUUUUUAACAACAGUGAUUAAAAGAGGACAACUAGCUUAGGGCAUGAUCUUUUUUGUAUAAAAGUUCAUGAAAAAACAAUGAAAAAAAAAAAACAAAAAAAAAUACAAAAAGUGCUUCCUGUCAACUGUAAACGCAUGAUCGACUGCUGGUGCAUGCCCUAUGACCUUUGAGCUGUCAUUAUCUAUCAACUAAAAACUGGAUGAGGAAAAGGGCCGUCGCAGGAUCAGGGGAGAAUUUAAGGAUUUGGAACAACACAGCCAAAUAAAAAAAAGCAACAGUUUGACAACACGACACAGCGUAAAGUUUACGCUGAACCCAUCAGUGCUUCAUCUCCACAGGCCCUUUAUCCUGUUCUUAAAUGUGAUAUAUGCACUCUAUGCUAUGCGAACGUUGUCGUGUGUGUGUGUGAGUGUGUGUCCGUAUAUAAUGCAUGUGUACUCGCUUCCGGCUGCUGAAUGUUGUUUUUUCUGCUGUGACACUUUUUUCUUGAGUGUGUGAAGGAGAUUGAGAGCAAGCCUGCUGUGCUCUGCUGUGUAUGUGUGCGUGUGUAUGUGUGUGUGUGUGUCUGUGUGUGUGAGAGAUUAUGGACUUUUGUUCUUUGUUGUGAAAUGUGCUUGUGUUUCCUUAAACAGUCCUCCAUGUUUUUGUCACUUCCGGGAGGAAUCGGAGGAUCCCCCCUGCGUAGUGGGAAUAUUUCAAGAAAUCGGGUUCUCCAGCUGGAGGUUGUGUUUUUUUUUUUUGUCGGUCUGUGUGUGCCAGCGCAACACCCCAGUGUCCCUUCUAUUAGAGACAUGCUGUAUGUAUGUGUGCUCAGUAAUAUGUAGAGGAGGUAAAAAUUGCAUAUUCAGAGAAACAGAUCAUUUCAGCCAAAAAUCCUUUAGAAUCUGUGUAAGCAAAGUGCUCCUAAAGCUGAGGUGAAAGCAAUUGCUAUUUAGGCAUUGAUUAAAGACCUGUGAGAGGAGGUGUGUAUAUUGAUAUAAUUAAUAUUAUAUAGUUUAAUACCACAGUGCUGUUGAAUUGUCCAUUCUGAUUGGUUAGAAGGUGUUGAUUAAUUGUUUAUUACAGCAGCUCUGACGAUAGUGCAGCUGCAUAUCACAGGUUUAUACAGUAUUAAUGCGCUCAUUCUAUGUCAAUAUGUUAUUGUUUCUAUGGUAACAGCUCAUUCACAGGGAUGUGCAGGUGGACACACUACAUAACUCGAUUAAAAAUGUGUAAUCUUUGAUAUGGUGAUAUUUCGUGUAAGGAGACGUUUAUUUAACAUUUAUGGAAGGAGGGUCUAGAGGUAAAGCUGUAACUUUAAGUCUUCCGACACAGGGAGGUCUUCAUGACUGCGGAGUUUAUGCUUUGCGGUUUGUCGGUAAUAUGACAAGCUGCAUUUUUUUGUCUUAUUGACUUCAAAAGAGCCAAGAAAUUGUGACUGGUGAGGGAACAACUGUUAACAGCUGCUAUAACCUAAGUGAGAACAGGAACUAACACGUUUCACGGACAUUAAAUGUCACUAUAAUUGGAUAAAAACGUGGAUAUGACGUGCCAUUCUGUAAUUUAAAACAGUUUAAUUGUUGGCAUAUUGUUGUGUUAUGAGAGGAAUAAAACACUUCGGGAUUUGUUGUUAUAGAAAAAUAAUUGGGCCACAUCACAUCACCCUUUGCAUAUUGGCCAUCCGUAUUAAAACCCCAUGGAAUGAAUUUUCUACAUCUAAACAUCUAAUUUCAAAUAUCAACAGGAUUCACCUCUUAUAGCUGCAGAAGCACUUUGUUUGCAAACAUAAUUGAGGACCUUUGACUGAAAAAUUGUCUCUGAAAAUUUCUCUCUCUCUCUUUCUCUCUCUCUCUCUCUCACACACACACACACACACUCGUGCUUCCCAUUUAUUAAAUUGUGUGCUUCCUCGUUUCCUUUCCUUGCUUCCCUUCCUAAUAUUUUGGCUUCUUCCUCUAAGGAUACAAGGAAAGGCUGCAAGAAAAGGAAACUCGGAAAGGGGAAAUCUGUAGCAAAUGUAUUUCUGAAUUUCUGCGCAGCCAUAUAACACUACGUUCACACUAGCAAGUGACAAGCGGCUCGUGGGCGUGUAGCGACCGCUAUUGUUGUCUCUUGUAGGGGUGCAAUGUCUGGCCUUUUUUUUAGUUCCUGUGUGAAACAGUGGUAACUAUAGAGAUAAACCUUCUAAAGCCACCUAGUUAAACUAGAAAUUAAAUAACGCACUAAUAAGUGUGAAAAUUGGUAGUUUAACUUACUUGUUAUGUCCUUAAUGAGAGGUCAUAUAUGACAAGAUAAGAUGAAUAAAACUUUUAGAGCUAAUUGCAGGUAGGAACUGAAGUUGUGAGUGUGUAACUGAAGAAGCAUCGAUCACAGGCGUCAUCGGAUUGGGCCGAGGAAUCAUUCGAGCUAGAGUCAUAUCUAAUUUGCAUAGAAUUGAGAAACUCUUAAUUCAGACAUUGUUUGUCGCGCUUCGCUCUCACUGAAAUUGUGGCUUCAUAUUGCACACACAUGUAGAAAAUGAAUGGUCGCCUGUCCCUUUGUCACAUUUUAGUGUGAACAUAGAGUUAUCCGUCACUGACUAAAAUGGACUUCCAUACACACACCAACCAGUAACUAAAACAUUGAACAUAUGCAUGGUUAAAUAUCACUGUUUUAGCCUAUACAAGUACACAUAUUAUACUUUACACUUUUAAUUCCUUUACUUCUUGUUUCUGUAUCAUUUAUUGGACAUGUUUUUUUUUUAUACUUGUUCUGGAAGCCUCUUUGCUUAUCUGAAAUGUUUAAAGAAUUGAUACGUCCGUAAAGAUGGACAGUAGAACUGACUGAUCAAGGAGGCAUCAAUUAGGACACUGGGAAGCACCCACUCUUUAUCUUCUCUAUCUUUUACUCUAUGUUCUCUAUGUCUAUAGCGCCACCUCUUUUAAAGCCCCGCCCACUCUGGACUCCUGGUGAAUGAUGUAGCACAUCAUGCUGCUUUCAUUUUGCUGUCCUGUUUAUGUUCAUUCUAAAUUUUCAGGGCGUUUGAUCCAAUUUGCCCCCUUACUGAUUACACUCUGAGUUACUGCUGGUGCGAUACAUCUGACACAGGAUGGCAUUUAAUUCUAUUAAAAAAUUAAACAUUUAAACUUAUCCUUAUAGGUGUACAGUAAAGCACAGACAGAUAAAAUCUAUACAGACAGCACUGUGAUCGUCCACCUUGAAAUUAAUUGACCCCUGAACUGUGACAACUGUCUGUCCUCUGUUGGUUUUAUAUAUAACACACACACACAUACAUAUAUAAAUACUUUUUAAUUUACAGUAAAUAUCCAACACUAAUAUCUAUGCGCAUCUUUAAUCAUCUUUAUUUUUAUGUUCAUGCACAAAUUCCCAAUCAGACUGAAACUAUUUACGCUUCCACUACCAAAGCAAUAAUAUCAAAUAAUAUCAAUAUUAUGGUGACAGUUUGGCAUUUGUGUGUGUGUGUGUGUGUGUGUGUGUGUGUGUGUGUUCAGUGUUUUCCCUAGUAGCAUUUCUAUUCGACUCUGUUGAUAUAAUAUGAGUAUAUACAUUACAUAUGAGUAUAAAUAGACAUUAUAAGUAUUAAAGUUGCACUGUGUGCAAGAGUGUGACAUUCAAACCAACUCAAGUUUGUCAAAAUGAACUCCAGGGGCGCUGUCUGAAAGCUGCAAUCUUUGAUGCUUGACUGACGUCUGACAGACUCACUUCAAAUGUAGCACACAAUCUUAUAUGUUAUUUAUGUUCUAAAAAGAAAAAGAGGUUUUAAAAUAUAUAUUUAUGACUCUUUGGCAUGAAUGAUUACAAAAAUGAAUGAAUGAUUGUAUUGAUGCGAAGUAAAUAAUCAGUGAAUAUGUUAGUAAUGAAAAAGCAGUGAUUGUAUAUUUAUUGUUAAAGAUUUCUCUGUGGAUGAGUGAAACCCGUAUUCUCUAUACCCCUCACCUCCGCUCACUCCGAUUCUCCUAACUCUUUAAACUUCACUCAGGUUUUGUGUUUUAACCAAUGAUUUUUCUUCCGUUUUCCACAGUCAGUUCUCGAAAUAAUCUCUAAAACUCAUAUAAUGUACAUAAGUGAACUUUAAAGUAGCAGUUCAGUGACAAAUCAAAUUCAUUCAAUUUCCCCCCUCACCAAAUUGUAGUCAGGACAUUUAUAGUGUCCAACAAGCUUUGAGGCUAAUGUAGCUAACAUGUAUAUUUACCUCUUCAAGACAGCGAACUGUAGAGUCAGUGUUAUAGUUUUAACAAGCGAAUAUAUCUUUCUGUUGGUUUAUCUAAAGCAAAUGCUUGUAUAUACAGCGUAACUCAUUUAAAGGUAAGAAGUUCUACUUUGUUUACCGUUGAUGCUGUUUGCAGCCAUCACUUGUUGGUCUUGGGGUUGAAGAGGCUAUCCUCAAGUAUACAAGUAGGAAUACUGAGCUGAGGGGGUAUUUUUGUUCUUUUUCUUAGUCAAGAGAGCUUGUCAAAGAUCUAGUUGGCCAUCUUGGACAAACAAAAUCACUUUUUUUUAUCUAUGCGCACUUUGUCUUUGCGGUUUCUAGGCCCUGCCGAAUUAGCAAAGUUUAAAGGUUUUUUUGCAUAAUUAAUUUUGUAUAUUUAGAUGAUAGAUCUUAAAAAUCUGUUUGAAGCAAUUAUAUAAAGAUUUAGGUGAAUAUUAAAAAAAAAUGGCUGUGAUAGACUUCCAAUACUUGAGAGCUACAUUAGUCUUGGACUUGUUGGACACCAAACAUGUCUUAUCUGAUAGACUGCAUUUGCAUUAAAGGGAAAACAAUGUGCAAAUUUGGUGUUUUGUCAAACUGUUCCAGUGAGUAAAUAUUUAUUUUGUUUAUUUUCAGGGAAUUAAAAUUGUACCUGAGCAUCAUUUUCUGACAGGGUUCAGUGAUCGUUCUGAUAGUAUAACUGUCUACAGAUGUUCAGGGACAUUGGGGUGUGAGGUGAUGGACAGCAACCAUGUUAUGAUAAAACAAGAUCCAUAACGUUCAGACUUAUUAGCCGAAAGGACACUGAGCUAGUCUGAGAGGAAGGUGGGGGGACACUGCGCACACUGUGUCCUUUUAAAAAAGGGCACCCACUAAAUAAAUACGCAAGGACGUUACCAUUACAGUGUAUUAUGAUGAGUUUAUGUAAAAUGUUACUCUUGAAACCCUAGAGUUCACCUGUACUCCUUUAGAGUGGAUAAAUGACAAUAUUAACGCAAUAUCAUAUUACUCUGUACUAAGGAAUGCAACUGCGCACAUGCACAGAAAAUAUGUUUUUAAAUAAAGAAUAUAUGUACAAAUAUAUGACAAGAAAUCUAAUUAUAUACAUUGAUUAGAAUGCUAUGCACCCUUAUUAGAGUUGUUAUGGAUGUAUUUUAAGCAUAUUAUCUAGAACAAGAACAUGCCCAUACAUGAACAUGGGGAAUGUAGAGGCUUUGUAGCUUUGAACUUGUUUUCUUUUCUUUUUUUAUUGUUAUGGAGAGAAAAAAAAUAAAAUCUGAAUAUGUACACAA